CUGGAAAAAGCUAUUGGGCAAAUUAGAGUAGUAGGGGCGCCGAUACUGAGAGCAGCAGUAAAGACGAAGGGAAAAAUCGGCAGCUGAACGGCGAGAGGAGAGUGGCGGAGGAGUAAGAGAGCAGGAAAAUGGCGGCGGCGCAGUUAGCGGCGGAUACUGGUUUGUUGAAGUUACCUCCAGUAACGUUUGUGACAAGAAACGCGAAGAAGCUUGAGGAAGUUAAAGUAAUUUUAGGGCAAUCCAUUCCGUUUCAGUCGCUUAAGCUCGAGUUGUCGGAACUGCAAGGCGAUCCUGAGGAUAUCGCGAAAGAGAAACUCGUUUGGCCGCUAACCAGGUGAAAGCUCGUUUGGCCGCUAACCAUGUAUAAAUGUCAUUCUUGCAAUUAAGAAGCAUGGCUGAGAAUCUGUGGAUGACUACAGCAAAAAGUUUUGAUUAUGAGGCAAAGACUGAAAAAAGAUGUUCAGAAAUUACCUUAUGGCAGAAAUACAGACAAACUUUGCAGAAGAAAAUGGAAUCAAAGUGAGAACUUCAGUGUCUGCUACUAUAUCGAUCACAGAACAAUGAGAAAACAAGACCAGUUUUUAAUUAGCUGGCAGUUUAAUAGAGCCGAGGGGCAUUUUCGGGAUUUCACAUAGUGAAAUGAGCUGGAAAAAACGAAUGGGAGAUGCUUAGAGAGUGACACGUGGCGAUUUAGUACUUAUUUAUUAUAAUAUGGGAUAUGGGAUAUGACAUAAUUAGUUAGUCGGUUAAAAUUUAAAACA